AUGUUAUGCAACUUAUGGGUAGCGUCUGCGCUGUGCGCCGUUGCUCUAUCUGCUCCAACAAUCCCAUACUCUUCAGCCGCUGCCGAACGGCCUACUGAGAUGAAGGUUCUGUCCGAGUACUUCAACAUGUUGGGUUCGAAAGUUCAAGCUGGGAAUCAGAUGGCAGAGGCGCCGGUUUGUGAUUUAAGCAAUGCAGUCCUACCUACAGCUUCCCCAACAGCACUCCCCAAACCAUCCGAAGGGCUGGUCCUGAAGCAUGUAGCUAUUGGCAGAGGAACACAAAACUACUCCUGCUCAACCGGAAACGCCACCGCACCCCCAGCCGCCGUUGGCGCUAUCGCAACCCUCUACAACGCAUCAUGCGUAGCAUCCACCUACCCAGACCUCCUCAACCUCCUCCCCAGCGUCGCGCUGCAAUUCAACCUGAGCUCCGUCUCGCAAACAAGCCUCACGCCCUCCAACCUAGCCAUCAGCGGACACCACCUCUUCACCAACACCACCACGCCCUUCUUCACCCUCAACACAGACGCCAUGCAACUCGGCGUUGCGCCCUGCGCCAAGAACAACUCUGUCAGUGCGCCGACUAGCGCCGUCAAGGGACAGUACGAUCAGGGCUUCGGCGCUGUGGCGUGGCUGAAGCUCACGGCGAGGAGUGGUGCAACGGGGAACCUAGAAGAGGUGUACAGGGUUAAUACUGCGGGGGGCAAUCCGCCUGCUACUUGUGCGGGGAUGCCGGCUACGUUUGAAGUGCAGUAUGCUGCUGAGUAUUGGUUUUACGAAAGCGCAUAG